GCUCGGGUUCCACCCUCUGCAUUCUACUUGAGCCUCUUUACUUCGUCUCUUUCGGGUUCUUUCGUUCUCGAAACCUCCCAAUUCCCAAAUCUCAGUUCUCCAUUACAGCCAGCUCUUGAUUCGUUCACUUGAUCAUCGAAGCAGCUCUCUGAGAUGACGGAGGCCGCGAUUCGUAAGAAGCCUGGCAUGGCCAGCGUCAAAGACAUGCCGAUCCUCCAGGACGGGCCACCGCCGGGUGGAUUCGCUCCGGUUCGUUAUGCUCGCCGGAUUCCCACCAAAGGCCCUAGCGCUAUGGCGAUUUUCCUUACUGCGUUUGGUGCGUUUUCUUGGGGAAUGUAUCAGGUCGGCAAAGGCAACAAGAUCCGAAGGGCACUAAAGGAAGAGAAAUAUGCAGCCCGACGAGCAAUAUUGCCCGUGCUUCAAGCCGAGGAAGAUGAAAGAUUCGUCAAAGAGUGGAAGAGUUACCUUGAAUAUGAGGCUGAAGUUAUGAAGGAUGUGCCUGGUUGGAAAGUUGGUGAAAAUGUCUACAACUCUGGAAAAUGGAUGCCUCCAGCGACCGGUGAGCUACGACCCGAAGUCUGGUGAUUUUGUUUCGAACACGGACUUCUUUGAGGUUGGCAUGUAGUUUGUUUGUGUAUGCGCUGCGACUUAUAUCCUCAUAUGGGUUUGUUUCCUGAUUUGCUGGUUCUUCAUGGCCCUUCUCAUGAAAAUAAAAGAAGCAUGUCAAAAUUUCUUCAAAUGUUUUGCAAAAACUGUCUUCUUUAUUCAGUAAACAUCUCCUUUUACCCAUGUAUCUCACUGAAAGUUGGGACUUGGAAUUAGACAUCAAUUUAUCUUCAUUCUUCUUAUUUA